AUCAUCACCGUCAACAUGUCUGCAUCCCUCGCGCCUCAAUGCAACGAAGUCAAAGAACGCUACGAUACCUGCUUUCUGAAGUGGUAUAGUGAGAAGUAUCUCCGUGGCCAGGAAAAGGACAAUAAUGAAUGUGCCGAACUAUUCAAAGAUUAUCAAAAGUGUCUGACUGUUACAUUAAAGGAAAGGGGGGUUGACAAGCUGGUCGCGGACGCAAGGGAAGAUAACAAGGAUAACGAUACACGAUUAAUGGCCCCUCGAAAAUGAGACGUGUUUGCAACUCUGUGUUAUAAUGACGCUGUUCGUCUGAAUGCAACAGCGGCGAAAAUGUACAUAUAAACUCCAAUCUACUAUAUGAAGCUCUAGUAGGCGGUUUGCCAUUAUGCUGCAGUAAAACAUUCAAAUUCGAAAUGAAUGCAAUACCCCUAUAUUCACCGUAGAAAUGUAUGUGAUAGUAUCCGAGCAGGCCGUGUUUUCGCCUGUAUUCUCCAUUGUCGACAGAUACCAGUAACUCUAUUACAGUGUACAAAUUGGCAGUAGUAGCUACAUGAUAUCCUCGUAGUAAUUAACCGUUUAACAUUUUAAAAUAAUUUAAUUUAAUAU